UGUUUUACACUGCUUUUUUCUGACAAAAAUGACUUUUCACCAAUCCAAAGAUCAAAAGUCACUGUUGUGUGAAAAACAUAGAGCGAGAUCGUCAUUCGGGUUCUGAAAAUUCCUACUGAGAAUCGAUCAAAUGGAUCCUUCAAACCUCUCCUCUCUUCCCGAAGAAAGCUCAGAAGAAAAUCAACAACAAACAAAGAAGGACGUCUCUGCAUUUUCUUCCAUUCCCGCUCGUCCUCCAACUAAUAAGACUUCUUCACAAAAGUGCUCACCUUUAGAUUGGUCAGGGUAUUUUGAUAAAGAGGAUGAUGUUUGCAUCCCAGAUUCAAAUGAUGUCUUUCACGUAUAUAUGGCAGGAACACAGGGGCCAGUUAUUUUUUGUCUGCAUGGAGGUGGUUAUUCUGGCCUUUCAUUUGCAUUGUCAGCAAGCAAAAUUAAGGAAAAAAUGCGGGUAGUAGCCAUGGACCUGAGAGGACAUGGAAAGUCAACCGCAGAAAAUGAUCUAGACCUGUCUAUUGAGACUCUGUGUGGUGAUGUGCUGGCUGUUUUGAAGACAAUGUAUGGAGAUUCUCCUCCUGCAAUUGUGCUUGUUGGCCACAGCAUGGGUGGCUCAGUUGCAAUACAUGUUGCUGCAAAAAAGGCAUUACCUACUUUGGCUGGGCUUGUUGUUGUAGAUGUCGUUGAGGGAACUGCCAUGGCUUCUUUGAUACAUAUGCAGAAAAUCCUAUCAAACAGAAUUCAGAAUUUUUCAACUAUAGAGAAAGCGAUCGAAUGGAGUAUCAAAAGUGGUUCUUUAAGAAACACAGAAUCUGCCCGCAUAUCCAUUCCCAGCACAUUAAAGUACGACGAUUCAAAAAAGUGUUAUAUUCACCGUGCACGGCUGGAAGAAACAGAACAAUAUUGGAGAGGCUGGUAUGAAGGCCUUUCAGAAACAUUUCUGUCAUGUUCUGUUCCAAAGCUCCUGCUGUUAGCUGGAACAGACAGACUGGACAGAACUCUCACAAUUGGUCAAAUGCAAGGCAAGUUUCAAAUGGUGGUUGUCAGACACACUGGCCACGCUAUUCAGGAAGAUGUACCUGAUGAAUUUGCCACCCUUAUACUCAAUUUUGUUUCUCGCAAUCGAAUUGGCCCCCAUGGCGUUGAGAUACCGGGAAUCCGCCGGCCUUCUCAGUUGCAGCCGUAAAUCAGAUACUUAUAAAAGCUUAAAGAUGCUGAGCCCCCCCUGACGAUUUAUGAUUGCGAGAGUUUAUAUAACCAGAGAUGUGCUUCCCUAUAUCUUCUGGCUCUUCUGAAUUUGUGCGUCAUUAUUGUUGGGGAAGACUAUAUUUUGCAAACGAUGAGAUACGCCGUGAGCUGAAUAAUACAUAUUUUGCGGCUUUGUCCUCUAGAUUUUUAAUAUGCUCUGUAAAGCAUGGCCCUGAUUGAUUGCUAAAAGCCAUUUUGUAAUCAAAUAAUUAUAAUGACUCAAACCGGAAUUAUCGAAGUUUAUGUAUUCAUCGUCCGCUGAUCAUAGCACCAUUGAUGGUAUAAUUUGUUCUGUACUAA